GUUGUCAACAGAGCAGCAGGCAGAAAGCCGUAGCAUUUUCCCGUGAAAAAACCGCAUCGAUGGGAUUAAAGUGUUCCUGCUAAGCGUGUUUGUGUUUUACAAACGGCAGGGUGUUAUUAUCACAUAGCGCAGGAUGCCGGGAAAAGUAAAGGUGAAAGUCCUGGAGGGCAGAAACCUCCCGGUGAUGGACCGCAGCAGCGAUACCACGGAUGCUUUCGUGGAAAUCAAACUCGGCAACGUCACGUACAAAACGGAUGUCUGCAGAAAAACAUUGAACCCGCGCUGGAACUCCGAUUGGUAUACGUUCGAGGUAGAGGAUGCCGAGCUGCAAGACGAACCAUUGCAGAUCCGGUUAAUGGAUUACGAUACCUACACGGCAAACGAUGCGAUCGGCAAGGUGUACAUUAAUCUUAGUCCACUGCUGCACAAAUCACCCUCGGAUAAUGGGCCAAUAUCGGGAUGGCUACCGGUCUACGACACCAUUCACGGGAUCCGGGGAGAGAUCAAUGUGAUAGUUAAAGUAGAUUUGUUCACCGAUUUCAACAAGUUUCGCCAGAGCUCCUGCGGCGUGUUGUUCUUCCAUUCUUCUAAUAUACCGUAUGGUUAUAGUAUUGCAAUGUACCACGGAUUCGUGGAGGAGCUAGUCGUUAAUGAUGAUCCCGAGUACCAGUGGAUAGAUAAAAUUCGUACACCCCGAGCCUCAAACGAAGCACGUCAGCUAGCAUUUAUGAAACUGUCAGCACAGGUCCAACGUAAAAUUGGCAUAAAAGCAACCGAAAUGGGCGCCAACGCUGUGAUAGGCUACAUGCAAUGUUACGACCUAGAGGGCGAUGUGGGAGUCGUUGCUCGUGGCAUCGGAACUGCCGUCUCGUUAACAAAAAUUAACGAACCCAUCGGACACCAGCAUAUCGGAGAAGAGAUACUGUUGGAAGAGCCAAAGAUUUCCGGGUGUUCCGAUUAUGGCGACGUUACCCGAAAAACGCCGGGUAUCGGUGGUGAUGUAAAUAAUCCUGCAGCUGGCAAUAGUCCAACGAAGUUGGGCACCCCGAUAGCAGGUUCGCUGCAAGCAAAGGAUACCGUUUACAUACCGAUGUGUAGACGGUCGUCGGAUUCGGACCUCAGCAUUACACCAAAGGGCAGCUCAUGUCCACUGGACAAGAGCAUUGGUAUAGUGCGCAACUGUGGAGCAAACAAUGGCAAUACUAAAUCGAUCAUGAUUAUGAACUAUGACAUGCUGGAAAUGCUAGAAUAUCCCUUCUUCACCAUGACAAAGUAUCCGGCUGGUAUUAUUCGACACAUAGGGGCGACUGUGACGGCGCGCUCGGUGAAACUCUUGGAGCGCGUUCCGAACCCCAACGAGCCGGAAACGCGUGACAGUUGGUGGAACGAAAUCCGCACCGAGGUACGGUCACAUGCCCGUUCGUUGGGAUGUAAUGUCAUCCUUGGAUACGUCGAGCAAACGACUAUUGAUGACGAUAUUUGUGUGCUCUAUGCAACCGGAACGGCAGCGGUGAUAAAUCUUCAGUUCGGCAGCGAUAUGUGGGUGGCUGACGCGUCGCUAAACACUUCCGGUGAUGGAGCAGGUACCGGUGAUGGAAAGGAGCACAUGACCUCUUCCCUCGAUAGACAGGAUUUUGACCGCGAUUACAGCGCAUCGAGGGAACACACGCCCAACAAUACGGUGGAGGGUGAUGGGACGUACGACGGGCCGGCGGGCUUGCCCAGCAAAUGUACCAUCUGUCACGUUCCGUACUCUUUGGGAUCCGUAAGCUCUCGGGUCAACGCAGCAAAGUGUUCGAUGUGCAAGAACGGUAUCGUGCCGGAUGUGCUGAUUACAACGAUUGAAGUUCCCGAAGGGAUGGCCGUGUCGGGGCGUGGAUGUCUCAUCCAGGCACAUACGUGCCGGAUGAAGCGCGAUCUGAAGAGUGAGGCAAAUGGCAAAGAGAUAUCGGACGCCCUGCCCUUUCUCGAGUACGAACUGUACAAGUUGCUGGUGAACAAGCUGAAAAUUAAGGGCAUGAAUGCAAUAUUCGGUCUGCGAUCGACCAUUACGAUUGGCGAGCGAACGAUCGUACUGAUCGCCACCGGGACGGCCUGCUAUCUGACGGCCCUGCCGAAACCGAUGCUCCCAAAAAUCGUCGAGGGCACGCAGGUGAUACAAGACAGCCAACGAAUCCAGGAGCUACAGCUGAUGGUGCAGGGCAUCGUCGAGCGUAACAUUCAAGCGUACCAGCUCCAGAGUGUCUACGACUCGGACGCGGAAGUGAUGCAGUCGAACGCAACUGGCACGGUCGGGCGGGGGGAUGACCGUGAGAGCAAGGAGCUAGAUUUGGCGUGUAUGCAGAAAUCGGCCUGUGUCCUCGAGCUGGACGAUAAUGUCGACUGGGACCUGCUGGCGAUCGCGAAAGAGCCCGAGAUCGCACCGGAUGGCUUUUCGGUGGUGAAUGUACAAACGAUGCCCGGCCAGUCCGCGGAACUGAUGGAGGGUGUGCGCAAGUUCCAGAUGUUCACACAAGUUUGGCGCGCGAAGCUACCGUUCAUUCAGCAACAUACGACGCGCAAUCUGAACAAACACUUCCAGGAACUGUUGCAGUUAAUCUACUACAAGCUUCGCACGAUGAGACCGUGUGUGCUGUGCGAUCUUCGUUUUAAGCUUGAUCUGCCCGAGACGGACGAAAUACAGAUCGUAGUGUCGGGUAUGACGCUCGCCCUCGUAGACAGUUUCAGCAAUAAGUUGAAGCGAAAAACUAGCUCGCAUGUCCAGCAACAAUCAUCUGCAGCGGUUAACGCGGGAUCAGUUCGAAACAACGAUGACGAAAUGAUGUUUUCGUUGGACGAAGACUCGAUGGAUACUUCUGGACCUCCGGCGGCACCACCCACAACGCCCCUACCUGCUGUAGUCAAGACGCUUAAAGCACGCGCUACAAAAUCAAUGGCUUCCUCACAUCACACAAAGUUGAAUCGUCCUGGUAAAAUGAUACAGCUGCGCGAUGGCUACGGUGUGGACAUCACGCCACUAAGCUAUAUACCCGGAGGGCGGAUAAAAAAUUACCUAGGCAAUCUGAACUUUUUCUUCAUUCGUGAAAGUACCUCGAUCCGCGAAACCGGCGGUAUCUGUGGAUUUGUACAAAGUUUCAUUGCGGAGGUUCUAUCGAUCGUACGCGCGCAUGUGACCUCACUCGGCGGGAACGCAAUGAUUGCAUUUUAUCUCAACGAUCUAACGCUCAUGGACAAUGUACACAAGAAUCAGGGUCAAUGUCUCGUCAGUGUUGGUGGGGAUGCCGUUAACGUAUCGUUCCACAAAGACGACAAGUAAUGUGAGUUGAAGCGAGCAAAAAAAGGAUGUUUCUAACUAAACUAGAAACACGCACCAUCGCGUUAGUAGUUUGGUCGUAGAACCUGGCUUCCUUUUAGGCACAUUUUGUCACAGACCAACCACAAACCAACGUCAAAAGAUCCAUUUCCUAGCUAAUUUGAAAAUGUUUGAUGCUAACAAAGACAAAUGCAACGAGUUCGAGA